AUGGCCUCCCUUGGAAUCUUCGACGGUCGGACGGUAUCAUCCGGGAACUUACCAGUGGGCGUGGUGUCAAGCUUCCCGCAAAUCCAUUGGGAGUCGGACGAGUUCAUACGCGACAUGCAUAUAUGGACUUCCGACGGUUCCCCGAAGUCCUUGCGGAAUAUUGCUCUGCUUCUUCCAUACGCGGACGAUCUGCGGGGGCAGUUGCCGGUAUCAGCCUUCAACGAACCGCCCUUCUGGAUACAGAGCCCAGGUCCGCAGACGAGGAGGACGGAGUCUCCGGGCGACCGACUCGCCGGGCUGAUUUCCACCUCUCCACCCUCGAAGCAGAACCAAGUGAUCCUCGACGCCGUCCAGUUUGCCAUCCGCCUGGCCGUGGAGGGCUCCAUCGACGCAUGCAAUGAGAUCAUCGGCUGCUUGCUUCGUGUCUUCCCCGGCGCACCCGAGCUCCUCCUAGACCGGUUCAACGUGCGGAGACCGCUCGAGUUCCUUUGGGACGCCACCUCUCAGCGGCCCGCGUUCGUGCCCUGGCAAGCGCCGUCCGCGGCGGAGCUCGACGGUUGGGACGCGGCCAAGCGCGACGGUCACAAGCUGCCUCCACGGGAGGAGUAUGAGAAGGUUCUGGAGUCGGUCGCGCUUCGGAUCCGGUACGGCGAUGCAUACCUUCGGCCGUACACUCUCGCCGGCGCGGUUGCCAUGGCCGCGGACUCCGGAGAUGACACGCACGCGCUCCAGUGGAUGGACAUGUUAGUGCACCAGGAAUAUCGUGACGAAGAUAUCGAGUUUCAACACGCCCUCGCAGAAUGGCGAGCCUUGAGCCCAUUUUUCGUGUCCGGCUUUGUCGGACGUACCGUGGGCCGCGCUCCAGAGCAGGUCGAAGCGGACGCCAAAAUUGUGGUGGACGCCCUUAACAGCUUCCGUGAGACGUCGGAAGACAUCGCAAGGCAGAAGCAGAUCACAAAGGACUCGAUUUCCAAGAUCUCAUGGAAGGAGCUAGUGCUGAUGCUCGAGACCCUCAAGUGGGAGGAACACGAGGUGCUCCGUCGGUUGCCCGCCGCUUCAGGGUCCAUCUCUGAGGUGGAGCACCAUCUGGGUGUCGCACUACCCGGCGACUACGCGGGCUUCUUACUCGCUUCCAACGGUGUCGAGUUCAUGCCAUCGGUCUCUGCGCCGGGAUUCAGGCACGUCGACGAACUUGCGUGGCAGACUGGAGAGGAGCUCGGCCUAGACGGUUACCGCAUCGACCUGGGAUGUGCCGUGACUGGUGCGACGCAAGAUAGGCUGCCGAAGAUGGAUCGUGUUUUGAUGAUAUCGGAGGACGAUAGCGAAGAGAUGGUCUGGUAUAUACACCCGCACGAUGUCGAGAGGGCGAUAGAGAUCCUCAAAGACAAUGGAAAGACACAGGAGGAAUUUGGUGAGCCUGGAUGGAGGGCUAUCUAUUGGGCGCCUUGGAUGUCUGACCUCAAGUGGCUGAAGAGCUUCCGCGCAUAUAUGGAGUCACUGGCAUACAAAGCCCACAAAGCUGGCGCUCAGCUCGAAUCGGACGGUACCAAACCUAAGUCCCUCAAGCUCAUCAUCUAA